AUGUGGAUUGUUGGUUCGAUUGUGAACAUAUCUGCAUCAUCUUGCAAAAGGGCCGACAAACUUCGACAACUUGAACAUGACAGAAAAGUUAAACUUCUUGAAAGAGGAGAGAUUAGUUCUGGUAGAGGACUAAACCAAGAAACUAGUCUAGCUAGACCUGGAGAUACACGAUGGGGGUCUCAUCAUUCAACUUUAUGUCAUAUUGAACAAAUGUGGCCAUCUGUUAUAGAGGUUCUUCAAAAUUUGAUUGAUGAUGGUGAUCGUUCUUCUAAGGGUUUAAGUAGAACUUUGGUUGAAAGAAUGGAGAGGUAUGAAUUUGUGUUUAUUCUACUAUUGAUGAAACGUAUACUGGCAAUCACAAAUCAUUUGUCAACCGUUCUACAAGAGAAAGAUCAAAAUAUUGUGAAUGCGAUGCAUUUGAUCAAUAAUGUGAAAUGCAAAUUGCAAAAGUUGAGAGAUUCUGGAUGGGAUAUUUUACUUGAGGAUGUUAUCGAUAUUAUUCUACAGGAGAUGGAUAGUCGUUUCUAUGAAACAACUACAGAUUUGUUGAUUUAUAUGUCAUGCCUUGAUCCUAGGAACUCGUUCUCUAGAUUUGAUGUACAGAAAUCAGAUGAACGGUUUGAAGGCAUUUCAGAUUUAGGAGCUCUUGCAAAGAAAAUGAUUGAAACAAUGAAGAACCGUGUUUUUCCUUUAGUUUAUCGGAUGAUUGAGCUAGCCUUACUUCUUCCAGUUGCUACUGCAACCGUUGAAAGAGUGCUUUUGGCAAUGAAUAUUGUCAAAACAGAUUUGCGAAACAGGAUUGGAGUUGAAUGGAUGAAUGAUAGUUUAGUAGUCUAUAUCGAGAAAGAUGUUUUUAAUACUGUCGACAAUGACCCAAUUUUACAGCGUUUUCAGAACAUGGAGUCUCAAAGAAUGCAAUUGUCACAUAUUCGUUAG